AUGGAGCGGGCUCCAAACCUGCUUCUCCUCUGCAUCUUCACCUUUGCCAUGGUCCUGGUCCCUGAAGCGAAGGACCAAAGCAAGGCAGCGAAGGGGAGGAGAAGGGGCCCUGUGCGGCCGCCCACAGCCACCCCUGCCCUGGCCUGGGCCCUGGACGACUCUUACACCUCCAUGGCAGACUACGAGCACAGCAUCCAGGACAUGGUGCGCCAACUGAGGAACAGCUCUGAGCUGGGAGACACCAAGUGCCAGGUCAACCUGAGGCUCUGGAGGUCCAACCGGAGGAGCUUGUCCCCCUGGGCCUACAGCAUAAACCAUGAUGCAACGCGGAUCCCAGCAGACAUGCCCGAGGCCCGAUGCCUCUGCACCGGCUGCAUCAACCCCUUCACCAUGCAGGAGGACCGUACCAUGGCCAGCAUUCCAAUCUACAGCCGGCUGCCUGUCCGCCGGCUGCUCUGCCAGGUGCCGGGCGAGGUGGGACACAAGCCCUCUGGGAAGAAGUGUCACAAGAAGUACCAGACGGUCAUGGAGACCAUCGCUGUGGGCUGCACCUGCAUCUUCUGA